GAGGGAGAUCAAGAAGAAAGUUACCAAAGCCACUUGCUUUUAAGCUUUCUUACCAUUAAGAGCUUUCCAUAAGUGCAUCACGACGGUUACAACUACAAGAACGAGGACAAGUACAGAAACUGGUUCAGGAGUUAUCAUGCCUCAGAACUGCAUAGCACCAAGGCCUGAAGAAGAUGGUGGAGUCAUGGUACAAGGUUUGCCAGACAAGACAGAAACGCAGAGCAAGUCUGUACAACCUGGUCUCCAGAUGUCCAUGUAUCCCAUAACUCUCAAGUUUGAGGAGGUUGUGUACAAGGUGAAGAUAGAGCAGACAAGUCAGUGUAUGGGAUCAUGGAAAAGCAAAGAGAAGACGAUUCUGAAUGGGAUAACAGGAAUGGUUUGUCCAGGAGAGUUUCUAGCCAUGUUAGGUCCAUCAGGAAGUGGCAAAACCACUCUUUUAUCAGCUCUCGGAGGCCGACUCUCAAAAACUUUCUCAGGUAAAGUCAUGUACAACGGUCAGCCUUUCUCUGGCUGCAUCAAACGCAGAACAGGGUUUGUUGCUCAAGAUGAUGUCCUGUAUCCUCACCUCACGGUUUGGGAGACUCUCUUCUUUACCGCACUUCUACGGCUACCAAGCAGCUUAACCAGAGACGAGAAAGCUGAGCAUGUGGACAGAGUUAUCGCUGAACUCGGAUUGACUCGAUGUACUAACAGCAUGAUAGGAGGACCACUAUUCAGAGGAAUAUCAGGAGGUGAGAAAAAAAGGGUUAGCAUUGGUCAAGAAAUGCUGAUCAAUCCUAGCUUGCUUCUUCUUGAUGAACCCACUUCAGGUCUUGAUUCAACCACUGCUCAUCGCAUUGUGACUACAAUCAAACGGUUGGCUUCUGGAGGAAGAACAGUUGUCACCACCAUUCAUCAACCAUCAAGCCGCAUAUACCAUAUGUUUGACAAGGUGGUUUUGCUGUCUGAAGGAAGUCCCAUCUACUAUGGCCCUGCAACUUCUGCUGUGGAAUAUUUCAGUUCUCUUGGAUUCUCUACUUCCAUGACUGUUAACCCAGCUGACCUUUUACUUGACCUUGCAAACGGAGUCCCACCUGAUACUCAGAAGGAGACCACAGAACAAGAACAGAAGACAGUAAAAGAAACACUGGUUUCAGCUUAUGAGAAGAACAUUUCUACUAAACUGAAAGCUGAACUCUGCAAUGCGGAAUCUCAUAGCUAUGAGUACACCAAAGCUGCUGCAAAAAACCUCAAGUCAGAACAAUGGUGCACAACUUGGUGGUACCAGUUCACUGUAUUGCUCCAAAGAGGAGUCAGAGAGAGGAGAUUCGAAUCUUUCAACAAGCUCAGGAUUUUCCAAGUCAUCAGUGUGGCUUUUCUUGGUGGCCUUUUAUGGUGGCGUACUCCAAAAUCUCACAUCCAAGAUAGAACUGCUUUGCUCUUCUUCUUCUCAGUCUUUUGGGGAUUCUACCCGCUAUACAACGCGGUUUUCACAUUUCCUCAAGAGAAAAGAAUGCUAAUCAAAGAACGGUCUUCCGGAAUGUACCGUCUUUCCUCCUAUUUCAUGGCUAGAAACGUUGGGGACCUGCCUUUGGAACUUGCCCUUCCAACUGCUUUUGUGUUCAUAAUUUACUGGAUGGGUGGACUUAAACCUGACCCCACAACGUUUAUCCUCUCACUACUUGUUGUUCUGUAUUCCGUCCUUGUUGCUCAAGGUCUUGGCUUAGCCUUCGGUGCUCUGCUUAUGAACAUCAAGCAAGCCACAACGUUAGCAUCUGUUACUACACUCGUGUUUCUCAUAGCCGGAGGAUACUACGUUCAACAAAUUCCUCCCUUCAUCGUAUGGCUCAAGUACCUAAGCUAUAGCUACUACUGCUACAAGCUGCUUUUGGGUAUUCAAUACACUGAUGACGACUACUAUGAGUGUUCAAAAGGAGUCUGGUGUAGAGUUGGAGACUUCCCAGCCAUCAAGUCAAUGGGAUUGAACAAUCUCUGGAUAGACGUGUUUGUUAUGGGAGUGAUGUUGGUGGGUUAUCGGCUCAUGGCUUAUUUUGCACUACAUCGGGUGAAGUUGCGAAAAUGUCUCAUCCAAGUUGACGGUGACGCAGCAGAGAAGAAGACUCUCUACGGCGAUGUUGCGACGGAGCAUCCGCCAUAUAAGCGACCGGAAUACGACAAGACACUGAUGUCGAAGGCGGCGAGUGUUGAGGCCGUUACCGUAGCUGGAGAAGGAAAAGGGAUAUUCAAGACUCUUCCGGUGUCACAGCAACUGGCUAGCUUCGCCGGAGAAAGCGAACUCACUCGUGGUUCCGCUUUGAAGAAAGUUUGGGAGUAUGUCAAGCUUCACAAUCUCCAGAAUCCGGCGAACAAGAAGGAGAUUCACUGCGAUGAUAAGUUGAAGACGAUUUUCGAUGGCAAAGACAAAAUGGGUAAAGACGAGCACCACGAACAAGACAAAGGAUUCUUUUCACAUCAUAAUCAUCACGGCCAUGGGUAUCCGCCGGGAGCUUAUCCUCCUCCACCGGGAGCUUAUCCUCCGCCAGGAGGUUACCCUCCGCAAGGUUAUCCUCCGCCACCUCACGGCUAUCCACCCGCCGCUUAUCCACCUCCUCCCGGUGCUUAUCCUCCCGCCGGGUAUCCUGGACCCUCUGGUCCUCGUCCAGGGCUUGGAGGAGGAGUUGGGGGUUUGAUAGCAGGGGCGGCAACAGCGGCAGCGGCUGCAAUGGGAGGUCACCAUGCGGGUCAUCACGGAGGCUACGGGCACCACGGCCACGGAAAAUACAAAAGAGGGUUUUUCGGAGGUGGAAAGUACAAGCGAGGAAAGCAUAUGAGUAGUUGUGCAUAUGCCACAAUCGUCUCUCACGACGGCCGUGCCAUCACUAUUGAUGGCCAUCGCCGUGUUCUUCUCUCGGGUUCUAUCCAUUACCCGAGAAGCACCACUGAGAUGUGGCCGGAUCUUAUAAAGAAGGGAAAAGAAGGAGGUCUUGAUGCGAUCGAGACUUAUGUGUUUUGGAAUGCACAUGAACCUACUCGUCGUCAGUAUGAUUUCUCUGGAAAUCUAGAUCUUAUUCGGUUCUUGAAAACCAUUCAAGAUGAAGGAAUGUAUGGAGUUCUUCGUAUUGGACCAUACGUUUGCGCAGAGUGGAACUACGGAGGAUUUCCGGUGUGGUUGCACAACAUGCCCGGAAUGGAAUUCAGAACUACUAAUACUGCAUUUAUGAAUGAGAUGCAAAAUUUUACGACUAUGAUAGUAGAAAUGGUCAAGAAAGAGAAGCUAUUUGCAUCACAAGGAGGUCCAAUUAUCCUUGCUCAGAUUGAAAAUGAGUAUGGAAAUGUGAUUGGAUCAUACGGAGAAGCCGGUAAGGCAUAUAUCAAGUGGUGUGCAAACAUGGCUAAUUCUCUUGAUGUUGGUGUUCCAUGGAUCAUGUGUCAACAAGAUGAUGCUCCUCAACCAAUGUUAAACACAUGCAAUGGUUAUUAUUGUGACAACUUUACACCAAACAACCCCAACACUCCAAAAAUGUGGACUGAGAAUUGGACCGGCUGGUACAAGAAUUGGGGAGGUAAAGAUCCUCACAGAACAACCGAAGAUGUUGCUUUUGCCGUUGCAAGAUUCUUCCAAAGAGGAGGAACUUUCCAGAACUACUACAUGUACCAUGGGGGCACCAACUUUGAUAGAACCGCAGGUGGUCCGUACAUCACAACAACAUAUGAUUACGAUGCUCCUCUUGAUGAAUUUGGUAAUUUGAACCAACCAAAAUACGGACACUUGAAACAGCUUCACGAUGUUCUUCACGCGAUGGAGAAAACUCUCACGUAUGGAAACAUUUCCACCGUUGAUUUUGGAAACUUAGUCACGGCAACGGUUUAUAAAACAGAAGAAGGAUCAAGUUGUUUCAUUGGAAACGUAAAUGAAACUUCAGAUGCGAAAAUCAAUUUCCAAGGAUCAUUUUAUGAUGUCCCGGCUUGGUCUGUGAGCAUUUUACCGGAUUGCAAAACUGAGACUUAUAAUACCGCCAAGAUUAAUACUCAGACUUCGGUGAUGGUUAAAAAAGCGAAUGAAGCUGAGAAUGAGCCUUCGACUCUGAAAUGGUCAUGGAGACCAGAGAACGUAGACAAUGUCCUCUUGAAAGGAAAAGGAGAAUCUACAAUGAGACAAUUGUUUGAUCAGAAAGUAGUAAGCAAUGACGAAAGCGAUUAUCUUUGGUACAUGACUACGGUUAAUAUCAAAGAACAAGAUCCGGUGUGGGGGAAAAACAUGUCUCUUCGUAUUAACAGUACUGCUCAUGUUCUUCACGCUUUUGUCAAUGGACAACAUAUUGGUAAUUAUCGCGUAGAAAAUGGAAAGUUUCACUAUGUUUUUGAGCAAGACGCAAAGUUCAACCCUGGUGCUAAUGUCAUUACCCUCCUUAGCAUAACCGUAGGCCUUCCGAACUAUGGUGCUUUCUUCGAAAACGUUCCGGCUGGAAUCACUGGACCCGUUUUUAUCAUUGGAAGAAAUGGUGAUGAAACCGUAGUAAAAGACUUGUCUACUCAUAAAUGGAGCUACAAAACUGGUUUAAGUGGGUUUGAGAACCAACUCUUUAGUUUAGAAUCACCUUCUACAUGGUCAGGUGAAAGUGUACCAUUCAACCGAACCAUGACUUGGUACAAGACUACUUUCAAAGCUCCUUUGGGAAGUGAACCAGUUGUGGUCGAUCUUUUGGGACUUGGAAAAGGAACGGCUUGGAUCAAUGGGAACAACAUUGGACGUUAUUGGCCAGCUUUUCUUGCAGAUAUUGAUGGUUGUUCAGCUGAAUGUAACUAUAGGGGAGCUUACUAUGCUGAAAAGUGUCAGACAAAUUGUGGAGAACCUACUCAAAGAUGGUACCAUGUUCCUCGUUCUUUCUUGAACUCGGACGGAGACAACACGUUGGUAUUGUUUGAAGAGAUUGGAGGAAACCCAUCACUUGUCAAUUUUCAGACAAUUGGAGUCGGGAAUGUUUGUUCUAAUGUCUAUGAGAAGAACGUUCUUGAGCUUUCGUGCAAUGGAAAACCCAUUUCCUCCAUCAAAUUUGCUUCUUUUGGUAACCCAGGAGGCAAUUGUGGAUCAUUCGAGAAAGGAACUUGUGAAGCAAGUAACGAUGCUGCCGCUAUCCUCACCCAGGCAUGCGUUGGAAAAGAAAAGUGUUCCAUUGAUGUCUCCGAGGAAAAGUUUGGAGCAGUGGAGUGUGGUGGUCUUGCUAAGAGACUCGCGGUCGAAGCUAUUUGCUAGUUGGUUUUAGAGAUUUUAGGGCUUUUCUAGUUUUAGGGAGUUUUUCUUGCUUUUCUAUUUUCAGAUUAGGUAUUGCUAUGUUUUUUUCGGAAGGACUUGGGUGUUUUUGAUCCUAGAAUGAUUUCUCCAUUACUAGUUAAAUGGAGAUGUUAUUAAAAUAAAAGAACUACUCCUAAUAAAUUAUCUGGCUGUUU